CCGUUGUCAGGUGGUGCUGUCGCUGUGGAAAGAUGCGAUCAGCUUGGAGCGGAGGCUUUUCUUUAAUUGCUCAUUUCAGUCUUAGAAGCUAAGCAGCCCGAAAAUAAGGCGCCGUGUCGUUCGUCGUUUGAACGAGGAGCUCCCCACACACCCACCGUGGCCGUGAACCAAGAAAUGUCCAUGUUUUAAAAGCAGUCAACGCAAAUCUUUCCCGGUGGUUUUGGCUCGAGGCAGAGGCCGCCUCGCUUGCCAGAUCACUGGCUGUGCAGAGGAACACAGUGGUGUCAGAAAGGGAUCGCUAUGUGCUGUCAUCGUGCUGAUGUCAUUUAGAGCUCCAGGAUGUCCAAGCGGCGCUCGUCAGAGAGGGGGGCUGGAGAGACAUCAGGCAGAACCAGCAAGCUGCAGUGCACAGGGAUAUCUGGCAGUAAUGCCAAGAGGGCCGGCCCCUUCAUCCUUGGACCGCGCCUAGGCAACUCACCAGUACCGAGCAUAGUGCAGUGUUUGGCCAGAAAAGAUGGCACAGAUGAUUUCUAUCAGCUCAAAAUCCUGACGCUGGAGGAGCGGGUGGACUCUGCUGGGGAGACCCAGGAGGAGAGGCAGGGGAAGAUGCUGCUGCACACAGAGUAUUCUCUCCUUUCUUUGUUGUACAACCAGGAUGGGGUGGUCCACCAUCAUGGUCUUUUCCAGGACCGAGCCUGUGAAAUCGUGGAAGACCUCGAGGCCAACAAAAUGCGAAAGAUGAAGAAGCGCAUCUGCCUCGUUUUGGACUGUUUGUGUGCCCAUGACUUCAGCGAUAAAACGGCAGAUCUAAUAAACCUCCAGCAUUACGUUAUAAAGGAGAAGCGCCUGAGUGAGCGCGAGGCCAUAGUCAUUUUCUACGAUGUGGUUCGUGUGGUGGAGGCCCUCCAUAAGAAAAACAUUGUUCACAGAGACCUCAAACUUGGAAAUAUGGUGCUGAACAAACGGACUCAUCGCAUCACGAUCACCAACUUCUGCCUGGGAAAGCACCUGGUGAGCGAGAACGACCUGCUGAAAGACCAGAGAGGAAGCCCGGCCUACAUCAGUCCUGAUGUAUUAAGUAGUCGACCGUACCGCGGUAAACCCAGUGACAUGUGGGCUCUUGGCGUGGUCCUCUUUACUAUGCUUUAUGGCCAAUUCCCCUUUUAUGACAGUGCACCCCAAGAACUCUUCCGCAAAAUAAAGGCGGCAGAGUACUCCAUCCCAGAGGAUGGUCGUGUGUCAGAGAACACGGUGUGCCUCAUCCGAAAGCUGCUCGUUCUGGACCCACAGCAAAGGCUGACGGCAGGAGAGGUGCUGGAGUCCCUGGGUGCCAUCAUAUCCUCAUGGCAGUCUGUUUCUUCAAUGAGUGGCCCCCUGCAAGUGGUUCCAGACAUUGACGAUCAGAUCAAUAAUCCAGAACAUUUACAAGAGGCCAAGGCGCUUGAGGAGUCUUCGCAGUACGAGUUUGAGAACUACAUGCGUCAGCAGCUGCUGCUGGCUGAAGAGAAGAACACUAUCCAUGAAGCUAAGAGCUGCACCAACAACCGGCAUUUUGGCAGCAUCCCCCCCGUCAGGCGUUUAGGCCACGAUGCCCAACCUGUCAGCCCGCUAGACGCCGCCAUCCUAGCUCAACGUUUCCUUCGGAAAAAGCCCCCAGCUACCCAUUAAAGGCGUCUCGGGCUCAACGUGAACUGAAGAUGCCCGCUGAGGCCAAAGCUCCUCGAGAAGGAAAAGCCCCAGAACUCUACAGGCAGACACCCCCCCCACCAGACGCGGGGUGUUGGCUAUGCUCGGUAGAAUUACGGUGGGCAUCAGACCAAACUUCCACGUCAGAGCUCUACCUUCCCUUUGGGCGAACACUGUUGGAAACCCGGAAAAGCCCGAUGGAGGCUCUGAACCAAAGGCCCCUCACCCCUUCGGUCCCACCCCCUCCACACACACACACACACACCCCAUGACACAGUAUCACAUAGAGCUGGCACAUGGCUUUGCCUGCAGUGUUAAAGAAACUACAAACUGUGUGCUCCGCCCCCUUCUUUGUAACACUUCCUCUUAAUUCUGGGUUCUCUGUGCAACAGAGGUCCAGGACAUGUAGCAAACCCCUUAACAUAGUGGCAAAGAGCAUUGCUUCAAAUCGGUUCACUCGAUUUUUACGGAUGUCACUUCAGGAUACCUCCAUUCCACCUUUCUUCUCCUUCUCUUUCCUGUUUUCUUGUAUUGAAAACAACUAUGUCCAUAACUCUGACUUUAAAUCAAUCUACCUCUUUGUCCCUCUCCUGUUGAUAAGCGACCCUCCCUGCUCUGAGACAAGGGAUUGUAACAACUGAGUCCUGAUGCCACCAGUGACGUAAAGCAUUCAUGUUUUUUUUUUGGUUUUUUUGGGGGGGUCACAAAAUGCUUUGAAGCCUUUUUGGUGGCCCCUAGAAAUCUGAAUAAGCUUUUUUUUUUUUGUCAUUUGCCUCAAUAAGUAGCAUUUUUAUCCCUGUAGUCCCAUUGAAAGAAAGAACUCGAUCCUUUUGGAAUCUUGGCAAUCCAUUGUCUCCCGCUUUUCCUCAUCCCUGUGGAAAUUGAUUUUUAGCAUGUAGGCAGCUAGCAAGAGAUGCCUGGAAGUCAUGAUGCCAAGAACUGAAUGAGAAGCUGCUAGAUCCUCCACGCCAAGGCAUAUUGAUGGUAACUCUUCAUCACUAUGACGAUGAUCAGGCGCUGUUUGCGUUGCCAAAAAUCAUGUCUUAAAUCUACUCUUAGCCAAGGAAACUGGUACUUACAGGCUCAGUCAGAAUUCAGUGGCUUCCAGGCAACGUUUCUGUUUCUUCUUACUAUCACAGCCGGCUGGACAAGUGUUCCUCGUAUGAAUGUGAACAGUCCUUCUCUCCCUUUGGUGCAUCUGCAGUAUCCCUGAGCGCGUACAUGUGUUCAGACCAGGAGUCCGUGGAGCGGUUCUGUCUGCGACCCUAAGCUAUCCUCCGCCCCCCCCCUUCGUGUUCUGUUAUCUGGCCUGCCUCGGCGGCAGACACUGUGAAAACCAGAGCAGGCCCGGCCGCGGCGGGCCUGACUGAAUGUUUAUGGAAAUGACGUGAAUGCUUUAAGAUUGGAAAUGAUCACAUAUCUCUUGCCACUCUCGAGCGCAUCUUGAACACGCUUGUUUUUCCUGUUUGACCUUGUGGGCUCGUCAAGACCAGCAAGUGGCUAAUAAUCGAUACUGUAUUCAUAUUUAAACAAAAACACAAAUACAGAUUCAUUGGUUCAGUUUCUGGAUUUUCCUGCCGUAUUUUUCUUAACUGAUGGGUUCUUUAAACCAUGGCAGUUGUACUAACCGGUGACUGUUAGCCAUUCGUGCGCGGCAUCUUGCCUUUUGCAUUUCUGUGUCGGCUUUAGGUUCUUUAGAAAUCUGCCUUUUACUCUUCAAACUGAUUGCAUGAACACAGCCUUUGGAAAUGUCUUCAUUUUCCCCCGUAUUUUGGAUCCUUUUAUUUAUUCCUUUGUGUUUUUCCUCGCGCUCCCACAUGGGGCUCAGACAUUGAUUGUAAAGAUUUAGAACCUUUCAGCUUGGAGUCCCUAAUGGUGGUGAAACGGGCCCCUCACGUCCUUGAGCCUUUUUUGUUUUAGGUUUGGACACAGACAUGAAAGAGUAGCAUUCUUCCCUCUUAAAAUGACUCAUUGCCAUUUAUUUAAUUUAAAUUUUUUUUUUCCACAUUUAUGGUCACCUUAAGCUACACUAAUGUCGUGACUGACUUGACAUAUUUCUUAUUUUUUAAAGCAAAACAAAUGAAAUAUGUCAUCUGAAUUAUGGGAGGGCUGUUAGUGGUGCAUUUUAUUUUAUUUUUAUUUUUCUGCCAUUGCUCCUUGCACAAGGCUGCACUCUGGUCAGUAUGUAAAUAACAUUCGUUCAUGACAGUGGCAGUCAUAUUGUAUGUACAGUAGUUCCACCUGGUGACUUACAACUCUGUUUCCACACACGCCGAUUGUGUACUUCAGGCCAUGUUGGCUGAAAUCCACCGCAUCUGUAGGCUCCAGUGAUCUGAAGAGAGCUUCUGGCUUUCUUCCACCUUAAUGUGAAUUUCAUGGGUAUACAGCAGUAUUUGUAUUGAUCUAGGUUUUUUUUUUUUUAAAUAUUUCUGUUAUCAUUACUGACAUUUAAAUAACUAUCUGUUUGAGUGUCUGGCGCCAUCUUCCAGAAGACACGGCUGCAGAUUUAGUACCUGGGGUAACGUAGUUGUUAAUUGUCCCUCUUAAUCAGAAAGUGUCUCACUUUCCAGCCGGUGGAUUAUACCACGUUUAAUGUUUUACAGAGUUGUAUUGGUAGACUGCAUUGUGGACUGAAAAGCAUGGUAAUAGUUUGGUGUUAAACUCAGUAGAAAACAUGUAACUGUUGCAUGAUUUAGAAUUUGCGAGGUGUGGCAAAAACAAAUUGAAAUUUUGAAGAGAAAUCACCCAUUUUGGGUCUGGAAUAUAAUUUUGUUUUUCUUCUUUUUCUCUCUUAUUUUCUCCUGAAGUCUAAAGUUUUCAGCAUAUAUAUUGGAGAAAAUGCUGCUUGUUCCACCUGGAAACCUUGGUCAGGUUAUAAAAGGCGGUGUUUAAACCCAAUAGGAUAAUGUGUUGUAAGCUGCUUGGUCGAAAAUGGGCAUCUAAGUACAAAAAACCAGAUUCAUUGUACAGAUUGAAGACACGUUUGUAUAAAAAACAUAUUUUUCUACUUGAUCAGAUCUCUACAUGCAUGUCAGCAAUAAACUUUGAUAUGGAAAUAUUUCA